AUGGAUAAAGUGGGGAAAAUGUGGAAUAACUUCAAAUACAGGUGUCAGAAUCUCUUCAGUCAUGAGGGAGGAAGCCGUAGUGAAAAUGUGGAUAUGAACUCCAACAGAUGUUUGUCUGUCAAAGACAAAAACAUCAGUAUAGGAGACUCAGCUCCUCAGCAACAAAGCAGUCCCUUAAGAGAAAAUGUUGCCUUACAACUGGGGUUAAGCCCUUCAAAGAAUUCUUCAAGGAGAAACCGAAACUGUGCCACUGAAAUUCCUCAGAUUGUUGAAAUAAGCAUUGAAAAGGAUAAUGACUCAUGUGUCACCCCAGGAACAAGACUUGCAAGAAGAGAUUCCUACUCUCGACAUGCUCCUUGGGGUGGGAAGAAGAAACAUUCCUGUUCUACAAAGACACAGAGUUCACUAGAUACCGAUAAAAAGUUUGGUAGAACUCGAAGUGGACUUCAAAGGAGAGAGAGGCGAUAUGGUGUAAGCUCUGUGCACGACAUGGACAGCGUUUCCAGCAGAGCCGUAGGAAGUCGCUCUCUGAGACAGAGGUUGCAGGAUACUGUGGGCUUGUGUUUUCCCAUGAGAACUUACAACAAGCAGUCAAAGCCCCUCUUUUCUAAUAAAAGAAAAAUACACCUUUCUGAGUUAAUGCUUGAGAAAUGCCCUUUUCCUGCUGGCUCGGAUUUGGCCCAAAAAUGGCAUUUGAUUAAACAGCAUACAGCCCCUGUGAGCCCACAUUCUACAUUUUUUGAUACAUUUGAUCCAUCCUUGGUUUCUACAGAAGAUGAAGAAGAUAGGCUUCGAGAGAGAAGGCGGCUUAGUAUUGAAGAAGGGGUUGACCCCCCUCCCAACGCACAAAUACAUACGUUUGAAGCCACUGCACAGGUUAACCCGUUAUAUAAACUGGGACCAAAGUUAGCUCCUGGAAUGACUGAAAUAAAUGGGGACAAUUCUGCAAUUCCACAAGCUAAUUGUGACUCUGAAGAGGACACAACCACGCUGUGUUUGCAGUCACGGAGGCAGAAGCAACGUCAGGUAUCUGGAGACAGCCAUGCCCACGUUAGCAGACAGGGAGCUUGGAAAGUCCAUACACAGAUUGAUUACAUACACUGCCUCGUGCCGGAUUUGCUUCAGAUCACAGGUAAUCCCUGUUACUGGGGAGUGAUGGACCGUUACGAAGCAGAAGCCCUUCUGGAAGGGAAACCUGAAGGUACAUUUUUGCUCAGGGACUCUGCACAGGAGGACUACCUCUUCUCUGUGAGCUUCCGUCGCUACAACAGAUCCCUGCAUGCCCGAAUUGAACAGUGGAAUCACAACUUUAGUUUUGAUGCUCACGACCCGUGUGUGUUUCACUCCUCCACUGUAACAGGACUUUUGGAACAUUACAAAGACCCCAGUUCUUGCAUGUUUUUUGAACCAUUGCUUACGAUAUCACUAAAUAGGACUUUCCCUUUUAGCCUGCAGUACAUCUGCCGUGCAGUCAUCUGCAGAUGCACUACGUAUGAUGGAAUUGAUGGGCUCCCUUUACCGUCAAUGUUACAGGAUUUUUUAAAAGAGUAUCAUUAUAAACAAAAAGUUAGAGUUCGCUGGCUAGAACGAGAACCAGUCAAGGCAAAGUAAACCCUCCUGUCCCCAAAGGGCAUUAACUAGAUCUGCUUUUAUGUGCAUCGGGCAGUACACCUCUAGCAAGCACACAUAUCAGUGUUAGGUUUUUUUCAGUACAGUAUGUAAGCUUAGUGUUAGUAUUUGUCAGGUGCAAUCUGCUGUUACUUACUCAGAUAAACGUGGUGCCUAUUGAGACAACAGAGGAUACAGCUACAGGUGUUCGGUAAGGCUACAAAAACAUUCUGCCGAUUUAGCUGACAGUUUGGUUUUUAAUGGCUGUAGUUAACUGAGUGAAGCAACUCUGGGGCAUUUGCUAUGAAGAAUUCUAUUUCUUACUGAAGAACAAAUUAUUAAUAUUGGAUGAGUAUUUCAACAGUGUGACUAAUGUUUGAAAUUAUUAUUUUUUCUAAGAAUUUUUCUAUAACCUUCCAAAAGUAGUGAUGUUUGUAGUUACUAUAAAUCAAGCUUUGGAAGUCCAAAAAAUAAAGACUGCCUUCCUUUUAGAAAAAAAUGCAAUUUUCUGGCCACAAGGGCAUAGUGCAGUGCAGUUCACUUAAGUGUUGAUAUAGUUUAUAGUCAGUCUCCUUUUCUCUUCUGCAAAAGGUACUGUUAAGUAAACCAGUUUUCUAAGUAGUAGUUCUUAAAAUUUCAGACUUAUGAAAAGUUGGUAGUAGAAUUUUAUUUAGAAUUUUAUUUAAGGCCUUAAGUAUUCAUUUUUUAAUGAGUGCUUUAACAUAACACAUUGGGAAUAGCUGCUGCAAAGCAGGCCUGCGUGUGAUUUUUUUAAGGUGACAUGUGCAGUCAAAUCGCUGAUUCAUUAAAGUUGGAUCUUUUUCUAUGCCCGUGAUGAGUUUGUGAACCAUGAAGAAAAUGAGACUAAAAGAUACCCAAACAAGUCAGAUAAUACUACAGUGGUUGCUGAUUGUUGAGAUUAUUGUUAAACUGUAAUUCAUAAUUUAGAUGGCAGUAUUUAUCUCUUUGUUGUAAACUCUCAUAGCUGAAUUGCUUAAGUACAAGUUAUAGAAUUUCAGUGCACUUAAUUUUUAAUGGAAAAAUCUUAAACCUAAAUUGCUGAUUUAAAAGGUACUGUACAACCAUUGUAUCUGUAAAUAACUUUACUUAGCACCUUUUUGUCACUUAGAAUAGUAUGCAAUACUACUUGAGUGAGCUAUUUUGGAAGUAAUACCAAGUUCUAGUGUUUGCUUCUUAGUAUUGGACUGAAUUUACAGUUCCGUCCUGGACAUUUUGCACUAAAGUAGUCGAAUCCAUUCUUCUGUCUUUUUGUUAACGUGCUCUGUACCACUGGUGAGUGCUCCUUAGUUUCCUUACCUGCUGCUACAGAAAGUUCUUUUACAUCCCAAUGGCUAUCACCAAGGCCACAAAAAAGAAAAGCUAUAUUUGUAUGCAACACUAACCCUUUGACUGCUAAUGUAUGUUUCUGCUUGCUGUGCCUUGUUACGGCUGCUUUUUUGUGCUAAUAAAGUACGUUUGGUGUUCUCCUUGUAUAUCUGCUGUUUUAUACAUUUGCAACAAUUUCUCUUGUAAAUGGAAUGGUUUGGGGUUUUUAAAUAAGCAUUACCUGACAACCUACUAUAGUUAAUGCAGAAUUACUGAACAGUCUAAUAUUGACUUAUUCCAACUAAGCUAACUCUAAAUUUAAUUCUAUACAUCUUUCCAAUCAUAAUCACAUAUACUGUGGAACAGUAUCUAUAGUUACUGCAAAUUACUGUAUAGUUUAGAUUAUAACAGAAAAUGAACAGAGAAAUACUGGCUAAACCUAUUGAUUUCUCUGCUUAUAAGUGAAAGAUUGAAACUAUCGAUGACAUGUUAUAAUAAAUGAAUAUCUAUAGCCUCCCACUGCAUCAGAAACAAGUUAAACGAAGUCUUGUAAACUAAUAAUACAUCAGCACCAUUUAUUGGUUUGGGGACCAUUUUAAUUAACAACAAAUGCCCAAAAUGUAGAACUUUAACCAAAGACUUGUCCAUUUUAAAGCAAAAUGGGGAUUGAAGGGACUUACAAUUCCUGUUGUUUCUAAUAGAAGUCCCUGAAGAACAUAUACCAAAGUGUUUGAGAACUUCAUCCAAACCUACUUUAAAGCAUUAUGUGCAAUUAAGUUGUUAUGACAUAAUUACAGUGCAUAAUUGUUGGGUCCGUUUUCUUGAGCUUAUAAUGUACCUGGAAAAUAAACCUCUUGGGGAAAAAAAGUUCAUACUGAUUAUUGGAGAAAGACUAUAUAUGCAAGCAAGAUCUUAUUUUAAAGAGGUAACUUGAAACUCCAAGAAAGCACUUGAUGUUUUGUAUGCUUGUAGCAAAUUGAUGUUUUAAUUGUAGUUUUAUAGAAAGUAUUAAUGCUUUUAUGUAUUUCAGAAAUUUCAUAUGUUAAAUGGAAAUUGUUUUAAAUGUGUAAAUAUUUGAGUUUAUGUAAGCAUGUAUGUUACUGUGCUAAAAGUCACUUAUGUUUCGGUUUGUGUGUAAUAUUAAUAUGCAACUUUUGGUUUAAAAUUUUUUCUUAAACAAUUAGUGGCUUACAUUUUAAAAAAGAAAAAUCACCAGCAUGAAACUGCACCUAAGUCUAUAUUCACUGUGUCUUUUUCUGAAUCCCGUUGUAGCCUGUCAACUAAAUUUGUGUUUUCAUGGUC